AUGAUAACAAGGGCUCGAAUACGGCAGCUGCCCGUCUCGCGGCUCAUCAGACCGUCUCCAAAGACACCCCAGCCCCAACUGCGGCCGUGGCGACAGCAACGCCCCUUCCACUAUGACCCUCAUGCCAAUAUCUACAAGCCGCCCUUUCGCAGCCGGUUAAAAGACAUGGCCAUCGGAGCAGGUGUCGUCGUGGGUGCUGUGGGUGGUUACGUGUCCCUGAAGCUGUACGGGCUGUACGGCGCGCGGGACCAGCUCACGGACGAGCUCAAGGUCGAGCUGGAGAACCUGCGGUCCUAUAACCAGGACACCGCGGCCGGCUUCGCCGAGGCCCGCGCCCAGGGCGACCACCACCGCCUGCGGCAGCUGACGUUCGAGCUCGCGCACCACGUGCACUCGGACGACAAGAAGGGCCACCUCCCGCACUACAUCGCCGAGGUCGGCCCGCUGCAGGGCCUGCCGUACGACGACCCCAUGAGCGGCCAGGAGCUCGUCCCGUCCGAGGACACGCUCGUGUUCCUCCAGAAGGACCCCGUGGACGACCUCAUCCUCGGCUGCCACGUCAGCGUCAACCUGGACGCCGAGGAGGUGUACCGCGGCAUGGCGGACCCCGCGCCCGAGCCCGGCGCCGACAAGCUGGGGGAGCUGCUGCGGCGCGUGACCGACCAGGUGCAGAUGUGGCGGCGGCAGGGGCGGCUGCUCGAAAGUGACAGGGGCGAGGUCGAGCUCGAGGUCAUCCUGCUCCUCCGGGACAAGGUGUGGGUGUUUGACUACGCGGGUGGGCACUAUGACGCGGUUGAGGGCCCCAGCAGCAUCUUGGGUGACCCCGAUGCCAUGAUGGAGGUGGAGAGAAUACUGGAGAACCUCGAGGGCAAGAAGAAGAAGAACAAGAAGCCGGGCGAGGGUUUGUGA